AUACAGACUCACCAAUCCCUAAAGAGCUUUUACUAUCAGAGGCUAUUCUAUUGAUUCGUGAAGAAGGAUCGCGUCAAGAAAAACCACUAGAAGGCUCAGAGUAUCUUUUUUCACUAAAUACGGAUUUUGAAGGUUGGAUCAAAGAUUUUGAAACUGCAACGGCAUCAAAAUAUAUAAAAUGUCAGAAAAAUCAAUCAGUAAAUGGAACUUGUACUUACUAUAGAUGUCACUGUGGAGAAACAUAUGAAAGUGUAGCUGGAAAUAAUCUAAGUGAUAAAAAAUCAAGAAAAAUUCAAAAACAAUCUAUAAAAUGCGGCUGCAAAUUACAACUAAUUGUUACUAAAACCAGCAGUCCUGGUAUGCAGCAAAUGAUUAUAAAAUACAUACCACAUUCAGGGCAUAUUUCUGGUUCUACCAAGGAUAUAAAAACGUUAAGAAUCUCUCAAGAAGUUUGGGAAUGGAUUGCUAAUAGUAUUCGUGCUGG